GAUUGCGUUAGGCACUUAAUCAUGACCCUCAUCAAACGUAUUGCAUCUUUCAUUGUUUUUGUCGUCCUUCACUCACCUUCACUCAUCAAAUGCAUAACACCUUACGAAGAAAUUAUUCAAUAUAAAGAGGAAUACGCUCUUCCAGAGUUGCCGUACAGCUAUGAUGGUUUGGAACCUUUCAUCGAUGAAGCGACAGUGAGGGUGCAUCACUUAGGUCACCACGCAGCUUACACGAAAAAGCUAAAUGCAGCCUUGAAGAGCUGGAGAGAAUCGGUUAGUACCAAAGGCACAGAUUACAAAGUUUCUAAAUUCUGGAUUGCAUUCUUUGGAACUAGAGUAGUGCAAGAAAAUGUUAGGUUUCUUGAAAAUAUUGACAUAAAGACAUGGAGUGCAAAUUGAUUGGUUGAAUGAACACGGUGGGGGGGGGGGGGUUUGAUGACGGUUCAUUGCCGAAAAAAGAACAGAUGGUCGUGUCAAUCCACAGCCUUUUUAUUUAAAUAAAUUUUAAAAGCAGAAAUCAUUAAAAUUUUCCAAGGUAUUGCUGUAUUGAUUUGUUCCUCAAAUAUCUUUCAGGGAAACAUUUCACAGUUGUCUUCAAAACCCAUUGUGACUAUUCUGAAUAAUCUUGAUCUUGUACCUGAUAAGUGGCAGCUGGCAGUAAGGAAUAAUGGUGGAGGGUGAGUUAAGUUUUAACUGUAUCUUCACAUAGAACUAUUUUACAAUUCUUGUGCAAGAGAGUUUAUGUAAAUCUAAACAAGUGCUCUACAAAUUGAGAGAUUCUACCUCAUGUGUUAUUCUUAUUGGUCCAAAUCAGGAGCUUAUUACCUGGAGCUUCCGUUUUCCAUAAUUACCCUCUGAGUUAACCCUGUCCCGCAUCUUUUUCUUUAUAGAAGCACCUCUCAUGGGGUUUUUUUGCAGGUGUUUACAUAAUAGCCAAUCAUAAGAGAGCUGUGGUCCUCUACUGAAGAGAAGGAAUAGAGGUCACCCUUUUCACUUUGACCGUCAAUUUUUUUAGGGUGUUAUGUGAACGUCAGUGUGUUUUUGCAGGAAAUUAAAGAACCCCCUACAUAUCUCAGUUCUAAAAAUAAAAAGAUACAGGACAGUGUUGACUCAAGGGUACAAUUAGUAUGGAGGCUCUGGGUAAUGGACUCCUGUCCAAAUACAGUUUCAUUUGUGUUUCUUGCCUUCUUAUUGGUCAUCCACUUUUGUAGUUUGAAACAACCAGGUUUUAGCCUAUUUUUGGUUUUCUCAAACAAGCCAAAAGCUUUCCUGUGCCAUCUUCACUGGUUACCAUUGGUUGUCAUUUACUGAUCCUUACUGUUUCGGAAAUAUAAAUUCCUCUUCUCUGAUAAAUAGCUCUCUCAUGAAUAUAACAAAAUUUGCCUCUCUGAAGUAUUUAAAAUAGUUUUAUUUAAUCAUCAUUAUAAUUUCUGGUCAGUGGUUAGUGCACUGGACUUCAGAUCAAGAAUUCAGAGUUCCAGAGCUGGUAGGAUCAUUUUUCUUCACUCUCUCCACUCAGGAGUAUAAAUGGGUAUGUGUAAGUUGUCAAGGAAACCUGACAAAAUGCCAAGGGGGGAGUAACCUGGAAUAGUCUAAUAUCUCAUCCAGGGAAAGUAGAAAUGUCAUUAUUGUGGUAAAAAACAAAUCAACAGUGGUUUAGGGUUGUCUGUACUCUAAUCAACAACCAUAUUAAUCAUCACAGUGGUCAUUAUUUUUUGCAAACUCACAAGCAGUAGUAGUUAAGUAUUGUUGUUGAUAAGAGAACAGACAACGCAAAACCACUGCUGAUUUAUUAAUUAGCUACUAAGCUCAAAAGCAGACUUUGUUUUUUCCUCUUGGCAGGUAUGUGAACCAUGCUCUUUACUGGGCAAUCAUGUCUCCAAAUCCUAACAAUGAAGAGCGAAAGCCAUCCGGCAAGGUAGCCCAGAUGAUAGAUGAAUCCUUUGAAAGUUACUCUAACUUUCAAUCAGUGUUUGAGAAGGCGGCCUUGAACCUGUUUGGAUCAGGGUAUGCAUGGUUGUGCCUUGAUGUUGAAGAGACCAGGCUCAAAAUCAGCGGAACAAAAAAUCAAGAUAGUCCGUUGAAUGAGAAAGGCUUAAUGCCUAUCCUGGUCAUUGAUGUUUGGGAACAUGCUUAUUAUCUGAAGCAUCAGAAUCGCAGGGCAGCAUAUGUACAGAUAUUUUGGAAUGUUAUCAACUGGGAUGCUGUCAGUGAGCUUUUAGAGUGGUGGCCUCAGGAAGCUAAACAUGAAGAACUGUGAAGGCAACUUUGACUGGUGAUGUUAUUAUGAA